UGAACCUGCUGCUCCAGCCAAUCAGAGGAGACGCCCAGCAGCCAGAGCAGAACAUAACAAACAGUCUGAGCUGCACCUGGUAAACAACCCGUCAGAACCGAGUCACGUCUCCAGGGUCCAGACCAGACGGGGUUCGGAGGUUCCAGUGAAACACCGCCCUCCUGUCCAGCAGACGGGCCGUCUAGAUGCAUCGCAGAGCAGCGACAGUACCGAGGACGUCAUGGAUGUGUUGGACUUGUUUAGCAGCUGCAAGAAGGGCGACGUUAGCAGAGUCAGAUACCUGGUCGAACACAGAGACGUGGACCUCAAUGUGAGAGACAAGUGGGACAGCACCCCUCUGUACUACGCCUGCGUCUGUGGCUACGAGGACCUGGUCCAGUACCUGCUGACCAGUGGUAGGAGGAACAGAACUCUGGGAGAAUCUGGGAAACUCUUUAACUCGACUUCAGUCUCUUGUUGUUGGUGGAAGAAACAGAUUAUUGUUUCUGGAGGAGCGCGGUGUGAAGCCAACACCUUCGAUGGAGAGCGAUGUCUGUACGCCUGUCUGAAGGACUCCAUCCGACGGCUGCUCAAAGACUACAAGUGUGUCGGCGGACACCUGAUGCAGCACGACUACUUCAACCACUUCCUCCGCACGUUACUGGAGCAGGGUCAACACGGAGACGUGGAGUUCCAGGUCCACGGACAGACCUUCCAGGCUCACCGCUGCAUCCUGAGCGCCCGCUCCGAGUACUUCGCUCACAUGUUUGAGACCAAGUGGAAGGGGAAGAACUCCAUCAGCCUCCAACACCCUCUGAUCAACCCUGCAGCGUUCGGAGCCAUCAUGCAGUUCAUCUACACAGGGAGGAUGGACAUCGACAUCGGUCUGCUGGAGGACUGCAGACGACUGGCCAAACAGUGCAAGAUGGCCGACUUCAUGGAGGAGCUGGAGACGAAAUGUAAACAGUUGUACGACUUUGUGUCAAACAAACCUGGGAUCUGUGUGAAGGUUCUGAGCCUGGAGCCUCGCAGCUGUCGGCUCCAGGAGGACAUGACCCAGCUGGCCGACUCCGCUCUGCCCCCAGAACUCUCUGUCGGGUUUGGAGAACUUCCUUUCAACCGAGCGGACAGCUUCCCGACCUAUCCUGACAUCUGCUUCAGGGUGGACGACUUCAACUUCCUGUGUCACAAAGCGUUCUUCUGUGGCCGCAGCGACUACUUCAAAGCCCUGCUGGAGGACCACUUCAGUGAGGGUGGACAGCUCCAGUCCCAGCCUGGUACUCCAGUGAUUACGCUGCACAACAUCUCCCACGAAGUCUUCGUCCACGUCAUGUACUACAUCUACACUAACUUCACUGAGCUGACGACGGAGAACACGCUGGACGUACUGUGCGUGGCCGACAUGUACCUGCUGCCAGGACUGAAGCGUCUGUGCGGGAAGACUCUGGCCGCCACCAUCCGUGACCACAACGUCCUGUUCCUGUGGAAGACGGCCAGACUGUUCCGUCUGUCUCGGCUGGAGGACCAGUGCAUCGAGUUCAUGGCCAAAAUCAUCGACCUGCUGGUGAAGCAGCCUGAGUUUGUAGAGAUAAUCGUAGAGGACGCUGCGUCGCUCGAGGAUCGGCACGAGACGGACUCCGUCCCCCUGGUGGAUGAGAUCCGUUACCACAUCGCUGGCAAUGUGCAAACAUACAGUGAAAUUGAGGAGGCCAAUCAGAAGCUUGAGAUCCUGGAGGACCUGCUGACCAGUAUUAACAUUGACUGCUGAAAGGUCACGGGGUCAUGAGGGUAAACGGUGUGACCUGAGCCGGACACAAAUACAAGUUUUAAAGGUAAAAAAAGAAAAAGUGUUUUAAGGUUUUAUUUUAUUUAUGUUUUGUACGUGAUAUAAUAUGAAAGGUGCUGUGAUGAAGGGGCGUGGCUUCAAUGACUGAUUAAAAAAAAUUUUAGUUUUGAACAUGUUAAUGCUUAAGUGUUCGAUUUAUAACGAUGACGUUGAGCUUCUCUCACAGGAUGAAUGUUUGUGUUUGAAUUCUGUGCAGAAGAAGGUCUUUAAUUCAGAACAGGUCAAAAACAGCAGCUUCAGUUGUAUUUACUAAGUUACUAGUACUAAGUUACUAGUACUAAGUUACUGGUAAGUUUUCUGUUUCAGACGAGGUCCACGUCCCUUAUGUUUUCUUUAAAACAGAAUACAGCAGUUUUAACGUUGUACAAAAGGAGAUUUAAAUGUUUGGAAAAAUAAAAGAUGUGGAAAAUGAAUAAUUCUGUACAGUAUGUGGACUGAGUUUACUUUUAGGAACUUGAGGAACAAAAAU